AUGCCUAUUGACUAUUCUAAGUGGGGAAAAAUUGAGGUAUCUGAUGAUGAGGAUGAUACUCAUCCUAAUAUAGAUACACCGUCAUUAUUUAGAUGGAGACACCAGGCACGUCUAGAAAGGAUGGCUGAACAAGAGAAACAAAAAAAGGAUUUGGAGAAUGAAAAAAAAGAUAUUAAUGUUCACAUUACUGAGUUGAAAGCAAAACUUGAAGACACUACAUUAGAUGAUACUCAAAAGGAUGAGUAUCAAAAGAAACUUGAUACUUUUCUUAAGCAGUUAAAUGACUUUAAAGAUAAAGAAAAGAAAUUUGAGGAGAUGCUAUCUAAGCAACCAUGGAAUGUUGAUACAAUAAGUACAGAAAAGUUCUCUAAAUCUCGUAUUAACAAAAAAAAUGAGGACUCAUAUAAGCCAAAGACUCCAGAGGAUGCAUAUGAAAAUAUGCAAAGUGUAUUAACGAAACAUAAGAAAGAAAUAGAAAUGUAUAAAAAGUGCAAUGGUAUUUCAGAGGUUUCUAAUUGUUUACGAACAUAUCCAGAAAUUGUUUGUGAAGAGGUUGCUAAUUACCUUACUCUUGAAGCCUUAAAUCAUGCAAUAAUGGAGGAGGAACCUGAUUUAGUUCGUGUUGCUACUAAUGUUCAAUAUAUGCAAUAUAUAAUACAGUUGGCUGGAGAAUUAAAGAUUCCUCCAAAUACUUAUGUUAUGGUCAAUCGUUUCUUUGAUAAAGUUAUGCAAACUAAUGAGGUAUUCAAGAGAGAUCACGCUAUUCAAUUGGAUGAAUUUUUAAAUAAACUCCGUCAUCGUGGUAAAGUUAAGAGGGAUGAAGCUUUACAAGAAAUUGAGGCUGAAGAGAAAGCAGAAAGAAUUAAAAAUAGUCCCAAAGGUAUUGAUCCUUUGGAAGUUCUCGAAUCUUUACCAGAGGAGAUGAGAGUAUGUUUUGAGGAGAGGGACAUUGAGAAAUUACAGCAAGUUGCCACAACAAUGGAUCCUGAAGUUUUCAAGCACCACUUCCAAAGAUGCAAAGAUUCUGGUUUGUGGGUUGCUAACGAGGAUGAAUCUAAUGAAGAUUGUGAACAAGGAGAUGAAGUACAAACAGAAAGUAAAGAACAAUAA